CAAUAAAAUAAAAUAAAUCAAUGAAGACUCCAUCCUGCUUCAUAAUCUAUAGUUUUAUACUUUUUCUCAUCACAGGAGUGUUAGGUGAACAUCAUAGCAACAAUGUCAAGCCAAUUGCUUUGAAAUCAAAACCUUUGACAGGAAAGUUUUUACAUAUCACAGAUAUUCAUUUGGAUCCUAAUUAUUUGGUUGGUUCAGAUCCUAAAAAACUAUGUCAUCGAAAAAGUAAAAAGGCUCAUAAGAAUACUGCUGGAAAAUUUGGUGCUUUGAAUACAGAAUGUGAUAGUCCUUUGUCAUUGGUGAAUGCAUCUUUUCAAUUCAUGAAAAAUUCAUUACAAGACAUUGAUUUUAUUCUUUAUACUGGUGAUACUGCACGUCAUGAUCGGGAUAAAAAAUUACCACGUACAGGAGCAGAUGUACUGGAAGAUCACAAGGCCGUCAUUCACUUAUUUAUAAAAACAUUCGAUGUCAAUUCUAUCAAAUUGAUUCCUACUAUCGGCAACAAUGACGGUAUUCAACAUAAUGAUUUUACCUUCAACACAAGUAUUUACAAUUCAUUACAGUCAAUAUGGGAACCUUUGGGGUUGAAUCUGAGUGAAACAUUUCAUUCUGGUGGUUAUUUUAUCCAAGACCAAGUCGUACCAGGUUUACGAGUGAUCAAUACCAAUUCAAUGUUCUUUUUCAAAAAGAAUCAUAUUGUUACAGAUUGUAAUGAAGCCUCUAGUCCAGGUGCUAUUGAAUUGAUAUGGCUCAAACAAGCUCUUGAACAAGCAAAGGAUGAUAAUGUCAUGGUUUACGUAAUGGGUCAUGUUCCUCCCAAUGAUGAUGAUGAUUCUCCUUUAUUUAUGCCUACUUGUCUUGAUCAAUAUUAUCAAAUCCUUGGUGAAUAUGGUGAUAUUAUUCUUGGUCAUUUCACCGGCCAUACAAAUAAUGAUGUGCUGACAGCUGUUGUACCUAAAGGAAAUUCUUUUGGUCAUGUUACUGCUAUGGCAAAUAAUAAUGAAUUGAGUCAAAUUAGAGCCAAUCAUGUCUCCACUGUCUUAUUCAACGCUCCUUCUAUCAUCCCUGUCAAUAAUCCUGCCAUCCGUGUCUAUCGCUAUGAAACAAGCAAGACUAAAGAAAAUCCAGUAGGUACUAUUCUGGAUUGGACACAAUACUACGUUGAUUUGGACAAAGCAAAUUAUGAAGACAGUGUGCAAUAUGAAAUAGAAUAUCAAGCAUCCAAAUUAUAUGGUGUCAAUCGAUUUGAUGGUCAAGGUAUAUCCCAAGCAUUCAAACAACUUCGAGUGAACAAAAACUCUAGAAGAUUAUAUAGUCAAUAUGUUACUGUUAGUAGUCAAUCUGACUCUGUUUGAUCAAUAAAAAAAAAAGCUGUGUUCCUGUUUCCUUGUUAGGUACAGGCUUGAUUCUCCGCAUUUUUUUUUUUUAA